AUGAACAACAGGGUCCCUCACCACACCACCGAGCAACAGGCUCACCAACAGCAUGAGAUCUCUGCUGAGCCUCGUCGUCUCCUUCCUGCGCCUCUUGCCGUUGAGAAGGAUGUCAUCAUCAUCUGCAAGACCCCUAAUGGCCAGGUCAAUCGCGAGUAUCGCUUCAAGCGCAUGGUCAUCUGCCGCCACUCAGCCCGCAUCGAUGACCUCUGCCUGCGCCGCCCUGGCUCCACUGCCGACAUCAUCUACGUGUAUGUCGAGCAUUCCCCUAACCUCUUCGCCCACUACGAGCGCUGGGUACGCAAGUCUGAGCUUCCCAUCCUCGACGUGACCUUCGUAGACCAGCGCGAUGUCCUCGUGCUUUGGAUCAACAUGUACGAGCUCGCCCGCGAGAUGGAGGAUUGCCGUCUUGUCGCUGCGAUCAACACCCGCAUCAUCGAUGUCGCCAAGCUAGGUUCGUGGAGCUUCUACAAGCGCAGUGUUGUGGACUACCUCAAGAAGGCUCCUGAUGGUAAUGAGCUUCGUCAACUUCUGCUUGACUUGCACGUUGCGAGAUUUGAAAGCGGUCUCUUCAAGCGCUACUUUUGGAUGUUGGGUCCCAGACUGCGCUUUGCUAUCGCGCGUCGCAAGAUGAUGGCUGAGACUCCUACUAUGGAUGGUGUUGAAAAGACUUGCGCUUAUCAUCAGCAUGAUCGUCUUUACCCUUGGGGAGACUGCGGUGGCAAGGUGGUUUUGACGUGGACAGGCAAAGCUAGCAUGACUUUGCACAGAAAGCUGCUUUUAGUUAUUGGGACUGGGGUCAGGCUCCGGGUCCCGAUGGAAUUCGCAUCGUUAAGGCUUCGGGCCAAACAGUCAUUACACAACUGCAUUGUUGCAUAA